AUUAUUACUCUUUUUUUCUCUCUAUAUUUUAUUUAUAUUAUUCACAGAACUAUUAUUUCUAUAACACUGUUAUAGUCUAUGUUAGGGUCCAAGGGUUCAUCCCAAGAUCCUCUCUUUCAUCAGGGCAGCCUCUCUUUCUCCCUCUUGGUUCUUUGAAACGCUCACCUUCACAUGGAAUUCAAAUUGCUGCAAUAAUUGCAAUUUCGGUGAAGUUGAAGUUUGACUAAGAACCCACCUUCUAAUUAUUCUUCCAUUAAGAAGAGUAUUGGGCUUUUUCUUUGACAUCGAAUAAGUCAAGAAACAAAGGGGAACUCUCUUGUUUUUGAUUCGCCGAAGAACAGAGAAACGCAAGAAACCAUAAGGUUCAGAUUCUCAUCCCAAAAUCAAAGAUUUAUAUUCCAUCACGACCAGAAAUCAAAUCAAUCAGUCAAAACAUAACCAAGUCAUCAAACACAGACAUGGCGUCAUCAUCUUCGAACUCACCAUGCGCUGCCUGCAAGUUCCUCCGCCGGAAAUGCCAACCGGAGUGCGUUUUCGCGCCGUAUUUCCCUCCCGACCAGCCGCAGAAAUUCGCCAACGUCCACAAGGUCUUUGGGGCAAGCAACGUGACAAAACUCCUCAACGAGCUCCAUCCUUCACAGCGUGAAGACGCCGUCAACUCCCUCGCCUACGAAGCCGAUAUGCGUCUACGUGACCCCGUCUACGGCUGUGUCGGCGUCAUAUCGCUUCUUCAACACCAACUCCGUCAGCUUCAGAUGGAUCUCAGCUGCGCAAAAUCCGAACUCUCCAAGUACCAGAGCCUCGGAAUCCUCCACCAGAGCAUCGGCAUCAACCUCCUAGGGGGCGGAACAAACGCCAACGCCAACGCCAACGCAACCGCUACGCACCAGUAUCAUCACCAGUUUUUCCCUAGGGAGCAGGUCUUUGGAGGAUUUGUUGAUCAUCAUAAUCAUCACUCCGGUGGGAGCAACUACGACGGCGGGAUUUUAGCGAUCGGACAGAUCGCGACGCAGUUUCAGCAGCCGCGUGCGGCGGCCGGAGAUGACGUUCGUCGCACCGUUGACCCUUCUUGAUUUCAAGAUUAAGAUCUUGGUUUAUAUAUUGAAGUGAAAUUAAUCGUACGGUACGUUUUUAAGUCUUAUGCUUUUUAUUUUUAGUUGAUUAUUAUUGUGAUCUGUUAUAAUUAAUAUUCUAUAUGAUAUCAUAUGAUAGGGUCGCCGUUUGUACUUAUUUUCA